AUGAUCGUGGCGGCCCAGAACGAUCCUUCUGCCCACAAGCAAGUGAAACUCACGCAUAUAGUGAUCGACGACGGAGCACCUCCGGAAAGAAAACCUUCUGCACUUGCGUCUUUCCCGUCGAAGAAUCCUUCCCAAGGCGACAAGCAAGUAAAGCUCAAGGAUACAGGGAUCGCCGGCGGCAACAAAGAAACACCUCCGGGAAAUCAAACUUCUGCAGUUGAAUCUCUCACAUUGAAGUCACUACACAUCGCAACACAUCUCAUGGAUACCUUUAUGAGCCUUGCCGAGUCAAACACUCAGAAUAAUCUAGAGACUUGUGGUCUUCUGGCUGGAUCACUAAAAAACGACAUCUAUUAUAUUACUGUUCUUAUCAUACCAAAGCAGAAAUCAACAUCGGACUCUGUAAGUCCAGUCUUGUUUUGGCUCUCUCUCUCACUAAUUGCAAUGUUUUUUCAGCUUAUGACACCGGAAACUGUAUCAAUUGUUAUGGCGCCACAAGACUCUUCAAUGAAAUACGGAAUAUUCCGGCUGACAGUACCCGAAGGAAUGGCUGUGAUAAAGAACUGUAACCAGCAAGGCUUUCACCCACACAGCUCGCAAGGACCAAUUUACGAUACGUGCAACACAGGUGUUCACAUGGACCCUGAUCUCAAGUUUAAUGUUUUUGAUCUCCGAUAA